AUAUUUCUGGGUAUAUAUGAUUAUGUGGAAGUAUGAGGAGUAUUGCCAUAAACCAUAGGUGAGAAAUAACCUGGGACAGAUGUUGCAAUUACACUUCAAUCUGCCCAAUUUAGUCAGCAGACAUUUCUACAAUAUUCAUAAAUUAGUACAGCUUUUGAGGAAACUAAAUGAUGUAAUAUAGUAGCACCAAAUAUGUAGUUUCAAAAUUUAUAUCCUCAACUGUCCAGAAGAACACAGCUGGCUAUGUAUGGGGAAGAAUUUGAUCUUAAAUUUUUUCAUGGAAGACUUUGCUCAUGGAUGUAAAUGCACAGUGUGAACUCAGCUACCUUUCUGACAUUAGACAUGCCCGCAUAAAUGCUGCUUUAAAUGGAGAAAUCCCAAGUCCACGUGUUUCUCAACUUGAAAUGCAUCUGCCUCUAGUUAAUACCAAGCAGAGCUCAUUAUGCUAAACAAUCCAGAGCUCCAUGGAGGCAAAACGUGUUAUUUUCUCCCCAACGCAUUUCUGCACUGUUCUGAUUCUUACAUUGUAUUUUCUUGUUGACUCUCCUUCAAAUGCAGAUCUCUCUUUUGAUUUCUAUGCAGCUUCUUGCCCUACUGCUGAGUUCAUGGUUAGAAACAUUGUGAGCUCAGCAUCAUCUACAGAUCCAACAAUUCCUGGGAAGCUUCUUCGAUUGCUGUUCCAUGACUGUUUUGUGGAGGGUUGUGAUGCAUCUGUGCUGCUUCAAGGAAAUGGGACAGAAAGGAGUGAUCCAGCAAACACUUCUCUUGGAGGAUUUUCAGUCAUUGAUUCAGCAAAAAGGGUGCUCGAGAUUUUCUGUCCUGCAACUGUUUCUUGUGCUGAUAUUAUUGCUUUGGCUGCAAGAGAUGCAGUUGAAUUUGUAAAAUUCUCCCUCAUGUUGUUUUUUGGUUCCUCCACCUCCGUCCCUCUCUCUCUAUGCCUUCUCAUUUUGGUUGAUUUUUGAGUCCUAAAUCCUAAUGCUCUGGAAACAGGCUGGUGGACCAGCAAUUCGGAUUCCCACUGGUAGGAAAGAUGGAAGGGUCUCUUCUGUCACAAAUGUCAGACCUAACAUUGCAGAUACAAGUUUUACAACGGAUGACAUGAUAAAACUAUUCUCUUCUAAAGGCUUGUCCCAGGAUGAUCUUGUUAUUUUAUCAGGUGUUUGUAUUAGAAAUACAGAUCCCAAACUUUUAUUCUGAUUGCAAUUUUAUUUUCCUUUUCCCUUCAAAUGCCAUCUUGACCUUUUAAGUCAUGACAUAUCAUAUAAAGCUGCUUGUCAUAUAUCAAGUACAAAAAUGGCAUUCAGACAUUUGUUAGAUGCCUACAUAAAUGAGUCCUUUCUUGACAUCAGAGAGUUCUUCCAGUUCUGGACCUCCAUAAAUAAAUGAGUGCAUGUGUUGGUUUGCUUUGCAGGCGCUCAUACCAUAGGACUGGCUCAUUGCAGUGCAUUUAGUGAUCGGUUUCAGGUGGACUCCAAGGGAAAGCUGACACUGAUAGACACAACACUAGACAGAAACUAUGCAGAUGAGUUAAUGAAGAAGUGUCCGGUAGAUGCAAGCACAUCCACAACCGUGGAUAAUGAUCCUGAAACAUCCUUCACAUUCGAUAAUCAGUACUACAGAAAUCUGUUAUCCCACAAAGGGCUAUUCCAAUCAGACUCUGUUCUUGUGGAGGAUGGAAGGACAAGGGAACAAGUGAAAGCUUUCGCCAGUGAUCAAGACAGUUUCUUCCAGAAUUGGGGUCAGUCAUUUUUGAAGCUCACUAGCAUUGGAGUGAAAACAGGCGACGAAGGAGAAAUCCGACAAUCUUGUCAAACACCUAAUGCAUGAAGAAAAUUUUGUUGAGUGUUAAACAUUAGUAAAAUGGUGCUGCAUUUCGUGCUUAGAGCAGUGCUUGCAUAUGUACCGUGUAAAAAUUAUUGUCAGUUCAAUAAUCGUUUCAGUUAUGA